AGGAAAAAAUCUGAAGAAAAUAAUCCCCUUCGAUUUUCACUAAAAUAAACACAAUUUGCUCAAUAGUUUGGACAAAUUUGUGCUUCAUCGUCUAUUCAUCGAGCAACUGCUCAGUAAGAUAUUGUGAAGUAGCAACUUGAAUUGCUAGUAUGGUCAUGAUUGUGGUGCAAAGAGAUCACAGUCGCACACACUGUUGAGCUGUAGUGUACAUCCCCAUCCCGUGCAUCCGGUGGUUUGACAAGAACCUUGGCUUACCAGAUCCGGCAGAUGUCUGAGAUGAACAGUACAGGACACAGAAGUGCUCUAGGGCGACAGAAUGCAAGGGCAAUGGUUUUCCGUCGUCAUUGUUUGUGAUACUAGACUGUGACAGAGUUCAAACCGGGACAUCCAUAGACCAUGGACCAUGUCAUGUACUCCGAUGAUGAUGUUGCCUACUAUUGUUGUCAUAAGUGUCGUGGUCUGUUCACCUCCAAAGAUGAGCUAAAAGAACACAAGGGUUCUUGCACUGGCGACUCAACUGGGUCGCCCUGUGCCAUGGUUGUCAGGCAUAAAGAAUCACCCCCCAGUAGGAAAAGCCUCAGAAUGAGCAGCAAGAAUAUGACGAAAAUGCCAGCUCCGGCUGCAUCCAUUCCAACCCGGAAGAGGAAACUACCUAUUGAUGGGGACUGUUCACCUUCUACAUCUGCUCGAGGAAAAUCGUCGGUCGUGAAGGCCAAUAAGUCUACAACUUCUGGGAGAAAAAGCAAUACUCCUGUAAAGACAAUGCAGACCCGUACGAAGGUUGCUGCUGUUGGUGCAGCUACCUCCAUAUCGUCACCAGAGGCUGUUGAAACAUCGCCUAGACGAUAUGGAUUACGAGUGAGUGCAUACGACAAUUUAAAAGCAAAAUUGAACAAAAUGAGUGGCCGUGGAGAUGUCUUGCCAUCUGUUGGAGAAGGUGGUAAAAAAAAUUCCCCCGAAGCACCACCUCAAGAACCUCCACUGAAAGUGAGGAAGCGUCACCAACCAAAAUUGAAGCCAGACUUCAAGCAGAAACUUGAUGCUGUAUUUGAGGAGGUAAUUCACGUGAAUGAUUCUGUAGAGUGUCAGCUUGAAGUAGUUACUAACACUCCUACAGAUGAGUUCGUAUCACGAGAAAGUGGAGACAUUGAACAACCGGGUGAAGCAGCUGAAACAGCCAUUUCAGAGGCGGUAAAAAAUGAACCAUACCAAGGCUUUCUUGUUGAGAAACUUAGUUCACUCCAAGAUGAUGCGGAGAGAACUUCUUCUAUUGAUAAACUUAUUCAAGAUGUGAAACAAAGUCUGCAGACCAAGCAGGCUGUGUUGAGCAUCUCUGCGGACAUGGACGGGAAAGUGUGUCCUGAAGUUGGUCAGAAUGAGACUGUGACAACAAGUGGAGAACUGGUGGAAAGUAUAGUUUGUGAGCCUGUUGAGGUGCCUAUGCCUGAAGUUAGUAUAGAGGAAACAGUUAGUACAACAAUUGAGACAGUUCCUACGCAAACAUCAGUCAAUACAUUCAAUAUUGGUAGUGGACCUGAUCAGCUGACUGUUCAUUUGGUAGAGUACAAAAGUGAGGAUGAGGGAGUGGACAGCAUCGACCAGGAUGGUAGCUCAUCAACUGAUGGGACACCAAGGAAAAAGUAUAAUGAGAAACUUGAAGCUUUGAAAAAGAGUGCAGAAGGUCGUGAGAGUUUUUCUGACUUCUUACAGAAGGUGAUUACUGCCCAUGCUGAAAAUGAAAGAAGGAACCAGAUGAAACAUGAAGAGACUACCGUCAGUACAACCAUAGUAUGUCCUCCAUCCGAGGAGCCGCCUCGUGCAAUUGUGGUUCACGAGGAACAUUCCCCGGAUGAUGAAAUGGAGAUUGUUGAACCGACAAGAAUCCAAAGGAAGCAGACAGCACAGAAAAAGCAGCGUGUUCCAGUGCAUGCUGCUCCAAACUCUGAGGACUAUGAAUCCGUAACAGAAGUAGUCCUUGGGAGGAUGGUUGCAAAGAAAUAUCGAUGUAAGAUCUGUCAGCAUGAGACAAAGUUCCUUGGUAUGAUGGCCAGACAUCUGAGUGCUCAUAACAGCCAAACUGGUGGUGACGCCAAGGUGUUCAAAUGUGACCAGUGUGACUUCACGUGUGUCUUCAGGAGGAAGCUCAACUCGCACAUGAAGUGUCAUUUGAAGCCAUUCAUUUGCGAUUUCUGCUGCUAUCGUACGACCCAGCAAAAUGAUCUUCAGAGACAUAUGUGGAGACACACGGGGGAAAUGCCAUUCAAAUGUGAUCAAUGUGACUAUGCCUGUCGACAAAAAAGUCUUCUUAUAAGCCACCAAAGGAAACAUACAGGUGACCUCCUGAGCUGUGACUUCAGUGGAUGCGAUUACAAGACACCUUACAAGAAUUCCCUGAAUACGCACAAGCGACGAGCACACGCCAGCAUCCGACGAUACUCCUGCGCCACCUGUGGAUAUCAAACGAAUGAAAGAAGCUGUUUCGAUAAACACAUCAAGAUGCAUCUUGGGUUAAAGGAAAACAAAUGCCCGCUGUGUAACUAUCGCGCUAUAACGGUGACCGAUAUCAAGCGUCACAUGCGUAGUCACGUUCCGGAGAAGAAAUUCAUGUGUGACCAGUGUAGCUAUAUGACGGCUUAUGAGACGUCUCUCAGGAUUCAUCUCAUGAAGCAUGCAGGCAUUAAACCUUUUCGGUGCGCUGAAUGUGGUUAUUCUAGCAACAUGAAAUCUAAGGUUCGCCGUCAUAUGCGAGUCCGUCACCAGACAGAGGACGAGUCGACGAUUAUCUGUCAGAAUAUCAAGUUCUCGAUGCGCUCUGGAGAUUACAUCAAUCACAAUCCUGAACAAACAAAAGCAGACUUUCCACCAAUUAUGAAAAUUUCUUACGGAACACGUGAGGCAGCUAAUAUUACAAUGGAUGAGGAGAACAAUAUUCAGGACACUCAGAUAGUUCAGCAGUUCGUUAUCGAGGAGAUUAAUCCUGAUACCGUUGUUGGGACUCAUCAGUGCGCAGAUUGUCGCUUUAGCUGUAAAACUGCAUCUGCUCUUAGCUUACAUAAGAUCAGUUACCAUAGUAACAGCAUCGUUCAGAUUGUGAAUGAAGAAGUACCAGUAUCGAGUCAAGAACAACACGAGUCGAUACAGUUGGGUAAAGGACAGUAUGUCAGUGGUGAAGCUAUUCCUGAGGCAUCUAAUGUUCAGGAGGUCCAGUAUAUUGUGUCUGAAUCAGGAGUAGAUGAAGCUGUCUCCUCUAUUGUUGCUAUUGAGGACUCCUCUGUCGAUGAUAAAGAGACAGGGCAGAGCAUUAUAACAUUGGGUGAUGGUGUGCACUCAACAGGUAGUACAGGGCCUGUUCAUGCUCUUGUUGGCAGUAAUCAAGCACUUGGCUUGAUGAAUGCCAAAAAGUGCAAGAGACAGACAGUUCGCUUUGUGACAGUAGAGGAUGCAACAGCAGUCGGAGGUCAGGCUAUUCAGAUGGUUAUUGAGAAUAGUUCUGCUGAUGAAAACAGUGGAGAAGUCCAUUUUCAAGAUCAGUCAGUUCAGUAUGUAACCAUUGAGGAUGGUAAUCUGGAGAUGAAAGUGGAACAACCUGAAGCACAUGACAGUGCAUAUUCUCAUUACUCACCUGUUGUUGUUAGUGCAGAGAGUGAUGGAGUUUCUAUGUCUAAUAUAACUGAUCAGUCAGUUGGGUAUGUUACAAUGGAGGUAAAAGUAGAAGACCCUCUCCCUGGAGUAGGAAGUGCUGACACUCAGAUUGUCACUACAUGUAGUGUAACUGAAGGUGUUUCAAUGUCGAAUGAGUCGGUACAGUACCUUACCAUUCCCAUUGAGGGAAAUAUGGGUGUAAAAAUUGAAGAGCCUGCACAAAAGGUUGUGGGUGAAGACACUCCUGUUGUUUCUAGGGACAGUGAAGGUGUUAUAACUGAUGACUCUGUACAGUAUGUAACCAUGGAGGUCAAAGUUGAAGAACCUUCACCUGAAGUUGUGUAUGCAGACUCUCAAAGUGUUACUGGCACUAGUGAACGUGUUUCCAUGUCUGAUGUCAAGAAAGCAGAUGGUCAGUCCAUCACAGAAAUUGCUCCUGACAAUUCUUAUACAGGUCAUACUGUGAUAUACAUGUAGAAUCGGACAAUAGUUGCAUUGCAUGUACUGUAUACAGGCAAAAGUUUGCGGGGCUUUGUUGUAGCAGAUUGUGCGAAUAACCGUGAUUCGUGAAAACGAAAUUCACGAAUCGCAGAUGGAGUCAUGUAUAACGAGAUGCAAAGAUUUGGCAGUUGGCAGAUGUGUCCUGGGUGAAUCAAACCAAAAAUCUCUCUGGUCACCAAAAUACUUGGGGUGUUCAGUUACAGUACAGACAUUUAAUUCAUACUUGUACAUGUAACUGGGAUGGGAUUCACUGCCCUAUUGUUAUCUCUUUGUGUCCAACUAGCAUAGUCUUGUAUACUCUGUUAGGAGACUGUAACAUAACUGCCUCCUGGCUUUUGAAUAGACAUCUUUAAGGUGUAGAAGUUUGAGAUUACUGCACCUGAUCAGAUAUAUAUGUAUAUAAUUGUUGGCAAUUUGACCACAGCACAACUUAGUGCUGGGGGAGUUGUCAACAUGUAUUGUGAAAUUGUUAGAUUUAUUUGAACAAUAAUAUGUUUGU